CCCCAUUUCCAUUCCAGUUUCAAAUCUCUCGCUCUCUCUCACGCGCAACGUUAGUGCCGCCCGGCGAAACCCUAACCCUAGCCACCCUCCCGCCCCAUGUCGGAUUCCGAAGCAUCCCCGUCGCCUGCGGCUGCACCGCUGGCGGAGGCGCCGGCGGGCGAGAGUUCCCCGUCUCCGGCGUGGAGCGAGGAGCUGGUGCCGGUCGGGGAGAAGAUCUCGGAAUUAAAUGAAUCACAGUCAGAGCUUUUGGGCAGACUCCGAGGACUAAAGGAGGAUUUGCAGAGUUGGAGAAACAAUUUGGAUACCCAAGUCAAGAAAUACAAAACUGAAAUCUCCGAUAUCAAAACUGCACUCAAUAGUGAAAUAGAUCAGCUAAAAUCAGAUUUCCAAGAACUGAGGACCACCCUUAAGAAACAACAGGAAGAUGUGACGGUUAGCUUGAAGAAUUUGGGGCUUGAAGAUGCUACUGAAAAUGAUGGGAAAAAGGGAAGUGAGGAUGAGAAUAUAAGCGAGGGUGCACUAACUGACUUGGGCAACCUAAAAUUGGAUGAUAAUCCAGAAAAUCAUGACAAAAGCAGUGGUGUUGAAGAGGAAAAGAAUGAGACCCCUGAAGAUAGCGUGGUGGACGAAGUUACCAAGAAGGAGAGUUCAAGCGAUGAAUGAAUUAGUUCAUGAAUGGAAACUAGAAAUGGUGUCACUUCUUUGGUGCCCCUGCUGUAGAAAUUUAAAGAGCAGUAGUAGAUUGGCUCCUGUACAAGGAAUCAUCCAUGCUCUCUGUGAUCACCUGAUCGUGAAGCAUGGCCUUUCUCGAAUGCUGUUGCCAUGAGUGGGCUCCGGUACUUAGUUAACUGUUGCAACCUAAUUAAUGACCUGAAUUAUC